CCUGCCACUCCCAGCAAUCAGAUCAGAACACAGCCCAGCCCUGUCCUGCUGCAGAGGAGGUGUUUCAGUACUCAUGCAAGAAGAUGAGGUGCUCUUGGAUGUUUGCAGUGUGUGUGCUCUGGCUGAGCGGGCACCGCUGUGCACCCACCUGGCAGGAGGAGGCAGCUCUGCGGGAGAAGCUCAAGAUAUUAUCUGAAGUUGGAGAGAAGUAUGUAGAUGAAGAGGUAAAGAAAGCUUUGAUUGGUGUCAAGCAGAUGAAAAUUAUGAUGGAGAAAAACGAAGAUAAGCAUGUAGAUCUUAUGAAGACCUUGAAGAAGAGCAGUGAAGAAAAACAGCAAGCCCUGCGACUGAUGGAUGAAGUAAAGGAAAGACUGGAAGAAGAAGAAAGACAAUGUCAAGCAUCCUUGAAAAAUCUGUGGGAGGAAUGUGAAUCUUGUCUAGAAAGCAGCUGCAUGAGAUAUUAUACUACCUGCAAACAUGGGCUGUCAUCCUUUAGGAGGAAGGUUGAAGAUUUUUGGAGGAAAAUACCUCCACUCAUCUUUACUGUUCCUGAGGAUCAAGGAAAGGACAUCCAGUUUCAUGAAAAGCCUGAGAAGGAGGAUACCCAGCUAGUGAAAAUGGAAAGUGUAUUUAGCCAACUGUUACUGGACAUGGGCUCAGUAUUUGACAGAAGCUUCAUUUUCUUCAAGCAGAUGCAAAAAGAAUUCGACCAAUCAUUUCAGACAUAUUUCAUGUCUGACCUGGACUUGAAUGAGUCUGUCAGCAUGCCAGCUUUACCUGAGCACCUCAGCAGAAAGGAAGGCCCACAGAAAGGCUGGGGGAUCCCUGGCUUCUUCCAGACUGUCUUUGACUUCAGCAAGAUGGUGUUUGAAGGGGUCAGUGAGGCCAUCACCGAGGUACUUGAUGAGUACAGAGAGAGCAUAAGAGACGUGCCAGAACAAGCCAAAGGCAAGUAUGCUGACAGGAGGGGCAUGUUCUCCAAACCUGCACCAAGGCGCAGGAGACCUCUGUGCAGGGAGCUUGGGGAGAGCUCCCCUGGGUGCCCACAGUUCCAUGAGAGAUGCCAGACAUGCCAAGACAAUCUUCUGCAUGACUGUCCAAACGUUCCUGAGCUGCACAUCAAGCUUGAUGAAGCCUUUAAGCUGGUCAAUGUCUCGGGGGAGCAGUAUGAGCAGAUCCUCCAGGUGGUUCAGCGCCACACAGAAGACACUUCCUACUUGUUGAACAAAAUGAAGGAAAGGUUUGGGUGGGUGUCUGAGUUAUCCAACAUGACCAUUGGACCAGAAAACAUUUUCAAUAUAGUUAAGGUGGUACCUGGGGAUUCCUCCAGCAAAAAUGAAACCGUGGUAGAUGUGAAUGUUCUGACUUCACCUACUUUCACCAUUACAGUUCCUCCCAACUUGGACCCAAAGAGUCCUGAAUUCAUUGAGUACAUAGCUGGAAGAGCACUACAACUAUACAAGCAGAAUUUUUAAGCAGAAAGAAGAUCUGUGAAAUCUUUCUUCCUGCAACCCAGUAUCUAGUCCUUAUGUGAAAUACCCUGAGCUCCACACACAACUACCUGUUAAAUGGCUAUGGGUAAAGCAGUUGCAUAUAAAUGAAAUGUUGUUUAGCCAAUACUGUGACAUAUGAGCUAGAAACCAACGACUGUAGAAAUCUUCUAACUCAAAUCAAGCUUUAAAUCAUCUUUAAUAUUAAAUGUUAGUAAUGUGUUUGAUUAAGUGCUCUUUGGUAACCUGCUAUAGCCCUGGUUAUGCAGACUGAAGAAAAUAAUUGAAGGAAAUCAUCAGCUGUAAGUGUAGAAACAAUUCCUACCUGCACACUUAAAUUCAAAGACACCAUUAAGACUUUCCGAGCCCGGUCC